AAAGUUGAGUGAGGCAAGUCAUCCCGCAAGUGACACAGGGCGCGCAGAGAGACGCCGAACAAGUUAUUUACAUAGUUUUUCUUUGAGGUAAAAGCAUUUCGCUCCAGUUAUCCGGGGACAGGGACGCCGCUACGAACAUGGCUGCUCUCUCAGCCUGGUUCUGGAACGAGAGGUUUUGGCUGCCGCACAACGUAACCUGGGCGGAUCUGGCGGACCCCGCUCCCGGGGUGGAGUAUCCUAAAGCUGGACAUUUGUUUACUGCCCUGCCGCUGGCUCUGGUCAUUUUCACCGUCAGGAUGCUCUUCGAAAGAUUUAUUGCUGCUCCCUGCGCCCGAAGUCUCCUCAUUCAUCCUGGUGUGAGGAGAAGAGCUCAGCCCAAUGUGGUGCUGGAGAAAGUCUUUACUUCCAUCACAAAGAAUCCAGACUUCCGCCAUCUGGGUGGCCUGUCCAAGCAGCUGGACUGGGAGGUGCGGCAGGUCCAGCGCUGGUUCAGACACCGCAGGAACCAAGAUAAACCCAGUACACACACUAAGUUCUGUGAGAGCAUGUGGAGAUUUACAUUUUAUUUGUGCAUAUUUACCUAUGGGUUCCAGUUUCUUUGGCAGUCUCCGUGGAUGUGGGACACGAAACACUGCUGGUACGGUUACCCCUACCAGGUCAUGACUCCGGGUCUCUAUCAUUACUACGUGAUGGAACUGGCCUUCUACUGGUCGCUCAUGUUCUCCCAGUUCACCGACAUUCAGAGGAAGGACUUUCUGAUCAUGUUCAUUCAUCACUUGGCCACUGUCGGCCUGAUCAGCUUCUCUUACGUCAACAACAUGGCGAGAGUCGGGAGCCUCGUGUUGUGCGUGCACGACAGUUCGGACUUCCUGCUAGAGGCAGCCAAGCUGGCCAACUAUGCCAAGUACCAGCACUUGUGCGACUCCCUCUUCAUAGUUUUUGGUGUGGCAUUCUUCAUCACACGACUUGUCAUUUUUCCAAUAUGGGUCCUGAACUCUACUAUGUUUGAGAGCUGGGCCAUCGUCGGGCCGUUCCCCUCCUGGUGGCUCUUCAACCUCCUGCUGCUGGUGCUUCAAGUCCUGCACAUCUACUGGUCCUACCUCAUCGCCCGUAUCGCCAUGAAAGCCAUGUCCCGGGGAAAGGUGUGCAACGACGUCCGCAGCGACAUUGAGAGCAGCUCUGAGGACGAGUCUGAGACGGCAGCUGACGACCCGGAGCCAGAAGCUUCUCCUCCGCAGGGCUUCAACGAGAGCCUCGUCUGUUCCAACAACUCACGAGGCUCAUGUUCUCGCUCACACACGCAGAUCACACUGACAGUGGAGAGCGUGCACAGGUUCACGCGUCAGUGACGAGGGAGACACGCCCGCCGGCGCGCGGCUUGUGGAGAGCCCAGCGGUCCAACGUGGCCCCAGAGGCGACAUUCAGCAUCUGAAGGGAAUGACUUAGCAUCGUCUUAUUUUUUUUUUCUUCAAAUGUUGGAUUCUCUUUCGUUUGUGCGCCGACUGUGCAGUUUCAACGUUCUCUUCCAGUUUUAUUGGCGGGAUGAACUUGAGUACUUUGGGGUUUGCGAGGUGAAUUCAGUCUGAGUCGCACUGGGCGGACACGUCAAAGCAGGCGUUUCACGCAGAAAUGACUAAUUUCGGUGUUGUGAUAUUAAAGAGUGCAGCUUCAUGAGCUUUUAAAAGCAGGACACCUGCUCUGUGAGUAGAAAUAAGUCCAACAUGCUCCAACAUUUCUACCCUUUGCAUUCCACUGUGGAUUCAUUGCCAUUUGACCACACUGUUUGCUACUUUGAGAUCUGUUUUACUGUUUUUACUUCUUCUGAGACCAAAUGUGUGUGAAAUUGUUUGUCAUUGCCUACAGGGGAAUCCAGGUGUGACUACCAUACUGACUGUCUGGUAUAUUGUUCUACUGUUCUCACUUGAGUGCCUUUAUUAAAAAAAAAAAUAAGUAUUUCCAAAUAUAUUCGGUUGUUCAAAGAUUUCUUUCAUGUUGCAGAAGUAUAACAUUAAACUGUGCAGUUGAAGGCAUUUAAUAUAUUACAAACAAUUACAGCCAUCUUCAUUGUGGCAACAGAACAAUCUGCCAGAGGACACUGAUGCAAAUAUGUUCCUGCUUGAUUUGCUUGGAGAAGAUUCAUAAACAAAACCUCGACCUUCGCACGGAGUCCGUGUCCUUGGUGAAACCACACAGCCAUCCUGGGAAGAGGGGGGGAAUGAGAAAUGUCCACAUCUGUGCAAAGAAA